UCCUGUCUUCCUCAGGAGCCUGAGCCAGUGGAGGACUGUGUGCAGAGCACACUCGCUGCCCUGUACCCACCCUUUGAGGCAACAGCCCCCACCCUGCUGGGCCAGGUGUUCCAGGUGGUGGAGAGGACUUACCGCGAAGACGCGCUGAGAUACACGUUGGACUUCCUGGUACCAGCCAAGCACCUUUUUUUUCAGCAGGAAGCCUGUGCCCAGUACAGUGGAUUCCUCUUCUUCCAUGAGGGCUGGCCCCUCUGCCUGCACGAGCAGGUGGUGGUGCAGCUAGCGGCCCUGCCCUGGCAGCUGCUGCGCCCCGGAGACUUCUACCUGCAAGUGGUCCCCUCAGCAGCUCAGGCACCCCGUCUGGCACUCAAGUGUCUGGCACCAGGCGGUGGGCGGGUACAGGAGCUGCCUGUGCCCAAUGAGGCCUGUGCCUACCUGUUCACACCAGAGUGGUUACAAGGCAUCAACAAGGACCGGCCAGCAGGUCGCCUCAGUACCUGCCUACUGUCUGCACCCUCUGGGAUUCAGCGUCUGCCCUGGGCUGAGCUCAUCUGCCCACGAUUUGUGCACAAAGAGGGUCUCAUGGUUGGACAUCGACCAAGCACACUGCCCCCUGAACUGCCUUCUGAACCAGGGCUUCCCAGCCCUCCACUCCCUGAUGAGGCCCUGGGCACCCGGAGUCCUGGGGAUGGGCACAACGCCCCUGCUGAAGGACCCGAGGGCGAGUAUGUGGAGCUGUUGGAGGUGACGCUGCCCGUGAGGGGGAGUCCCACAGAUGCUGAGGGUGCUGCGGGGCUCUCUAGGACCCGGACGGUACCCACUCGCAAAGGUGCUGGAGGGAAAGGCCGGCACCGGAGGCACCGCGCAUGGAUGCACCAGAAGGGCCUGGGGCAUCGGGACCAGGAUGGAGCACGCCCACCUGGAGAAGGGAGCAGCACUGGAGCCUCGCCUGGGUCCCCCCCAGGAGCUGAGGCUCUCCCAGAGGCAGCAGUUGUGGAGGUGUCUGAGCUCCCAGCAGAGGCUCUGGGGGAAGCCUCUGAAUCUUGCCCCCCGAGGCCAGGGGAGAUUGGGGGAGCGGCAGGCCAGGGGGCUGAAGGACCACCUGGUACCCCUCGGAGAACUGGCAAAGGAAACAGGAGAAAGAAGCGAGCUGCAGGUCGAGGGGCUCUUAGCCGAGGAGGGGACAAUGUCCCACUGAGCCCUGGGGACAAGGAAGAAACCAGCCACCACGAAGCCCUUGUCAGUCUGCCCUUACCAAAUGAGCACGAGCUUCCAGAACGCAGCCUGGUUAAACAGGAACAGGAAGGCUCUGGGAAGCCAGAACCUAAACCAAAAGAGGAGCUCAAACCUGCAGAUGAAACAGAGCCCCAGCUCCCCGAAGUCUGUGGACCUCUGGAAGAAGAGGCCCGAGAAAGAGAGCAGGAGGGCCUAAGCCCAGUGUGUAUGGCAGGACCCACAGGCUCAGAGGGGCUCCUGAACGACCCACCAACACCACCCCUGGAGCUUGUACAGGACGUGAAAGGGGAUGGCAUCCCUGAAGAGGCCACUCCAGUCUCCAUCUCUGAUGGCUCUGUUGUAGCUUGGGACUUGAUGGCAUCUGGAUUCCUUAUCCUGACUGGAGGGGUGGACCAGAGUGGGCGAGCUCUGCUGACCAUUAACCCACCGUGCCCUCCUGAGGAGCCCCCACCCUCCCGAGACACGCUGAGCACUGCUCUUCAUUACCUCCACUCACUGCUCAGGCCCGAUCUGCAGAAUCUGGGGUUGUCCAUCCUGCUGGACUUCCGCAAGGCUCCCCCACUACCUCCAGCUCUCAUGCCUGUCCUGAGUCAACUUCAGGAUUCGGGAGACCCUCCUCUCAUUCAGCGACUGCUGAUUCUCACUCAUGAUGAUCCUCCGACUGAACUCUGUGGAUUCCAGGGUGCUGAGUUGCUGUCAGAGAAUGAUUUGAAAAGAGUGGCCAAGCCAGAGGAGCUGCAGUGGGACCUGGGAGGUCACAAGGACCUCUCUCCCAGCCAUUGGGUAGAGAUACACCAGGAGGUGGCAAGGCUGUGCCACCUGUGCCGAGGGGUGCUGGGCUCUGUGCAGCAGGCCAUUGAGGAGCUGGAGAAAGCGGCAGAGCUAGAAGGAGAGGAGGCGAUGGGAAUGCCUGAGCCACUGCAAAAGGUGCUGGCAGAUCCCCGGCUGACAGCACUGCAGAGGGAUGGGGGUGCCAUCCUGAUGAGGCUGCGUUCCACCCACAGCAGCAAGCUGGAGGGCUCGGGUCCAGCUACGCUCUAUCAGGAGGUGGACGAGGCCAUUCACCAGCUCGUGCGCCUCUCCAACCUGCAUGUGCAGCAGCAGGAACGGCGACAACGCCUGCACCGGCUCCGUUCCACCCACAGCAGCAAGCUGGAGGGCUCGGGUCCAGCUACGCUCUAUCAGGAGGUGGACGAGGCCAUUCACCAGCUCGUGCGCCUCUCCAACCUGCAUGUGCAGCAGCAGGAACGGCGACAACGCCUGCACCGGCUCCGGCAGGUGCUACAGUGGCUCUCGGGUCCAGGGGAGGAGCAGCUGGUGAGUUUCUCUGUGCCUGGAGACACCUUGUCUGCCCUGCAGGAGACAGAACUGCGAUUCCGUUCUUUCAGUGCUGAGGUGCAGGAGCGCCUGGCCCAGGCACGGGAGGCACUGGCUCUAGAGGAGGACGCUGCCUCCCAGAAGGUUCUGGAUAUCUUUGAACAGCGGCGGGAGCAGGUUGAGAGUGGCCUCCAUCGGGCCCUGCGACUACAGCGCUUCUUCCAACAGGCACAUGAGUGGGUGGAUGAGGGCUCUGCUCGGCUGGCAGGAGCUGGGCCUGGCCGAGAGGCUGUGCUGGCAGCCCUGGCCCUGCGGCGGGCCCCAGAGCCCAGCGCUGGUACCUUCCAGGAGAUGCGGGCUCUGGCUCUGGACCUGGGCAGCCCCGCAGCCCUGCGAGAAUGGGGCCGCUGCCGGGCCCGCUGCCAAGAGCUGGAGAGGAGGAUUCAGCAGCAGCUGGGAGAGGAGGCCAGUCCUCGGGGCCACCGGCGACGGCGAGCAGACAGUGCCAGCAGUGGAGGGGCCCAGCGGGGGCCCCACAGCCCCUCGCCCAGCCUCAGCUCCCUGCUGCUCCCUAGUAGCCCUGGGCCACGGGCAGCCCCAUCCCAUUGCUCUCUGGCUCCAUGUGGGGAGGACUGUGAGGAGGAGGGCCCUGAGCUGGCUCUGGAAGCAGAGGGCAGGCUCCCGAAGACUGUACUGAUCCGCGGUCUAGAGGUCACCAGUACCGAGGUGGUGGACAGGACGUGCUCACCACGAGAACACGUGCUUCUGGGCCGGGCCGGGGGUCCAGAUGGGCCCUGGGGAGUAGGGACCCCCCGGAUGGAGCGCAAGCGAAGCAUCAGUGCCCAGCAGCGUCUGGUGUCUGAGCUGAUUGCCUGUGAGCAAGAGUAUGUGGCCACCUUGAGUGAGCCAGUGCCGCCCCCCACACCUGAGCUGACCACUGAGCUGCGGGGCACCUGGGCCGGUGUCCUGAGUGCCCGGGAGAGGCUUCGCAGCUUCCACCGGACACACUUCCUACGGGAGCUACAGGGCUGCGCCACCCACCCACUGCGCAUCGGGGCCUGCUUCCUUCGCCAUGGGGACCAGUUCAGCCUUUAUGCCCAGUACGUGAAGCACCACCACAAACUGGAGAAUGGUCUAGCUGCACUCAACCCCCCAGCCAAGGGUUCCAUGGAAGGUGGCCCUUACCUGCCCCGGGCCCUGCAGCAGCCCCUGGAGCAGCUGGCUCGAUAUGGGCGGCUCCUGGAGGAGCUCCUGAGGGAAGCUGGGCCUGAGCUGAGCUCUGAGCGCCAGGCUCUCGCGGCAGCCAUGCAGCUGCUCCGGGAACAAGAGGCCCGCGGCAGAGAUCUGCUGGCCGUGGAGGCAGUACGCGGCUGUGAGAUAGAUCUGAAGGAGCAAGGACAACUCUUGCAUCGGGACCCUUUCACCGUCAUCUGUGGCCGAAAGAAGUGCCUUCGCCAUGUCUUUCUCUUCGAGCAUCUCCUCCUGUUCAGCAAGCUCAAGGGUCCUGAGGGGGGGCCAGAGACCUUUGUUUACAAGCAGGCCUUUAAGACUGCUGACAUGGGACUGACUGAAAACAUCGGGGACAGCGGGCUCUGCUUCGAGCUGUGGUUUCGGCGGCGGCGUGCACGAGAAGCAUACACUCUGCAGGCAACCUCGCCAGAGACCAAACUCAAGUGGACAAGUUCUAUCGCCCAGCUGCUGUGGAGACAGGCAGCCCACAACAAGGAGCUCCGAGUGCAGCAGAUGGUCUCCAUGGGCAUCGGAAACAAACCCUUCCUGGACAUCAAAGCCCUUGGGGAGCGGACACUGAGUGCUCUGCUCACUGGAAGAGCCGCUCGCACCCGGGCCUCCGUGGCCGUGUCAUCCUUUGAGCAUGCCGGCCCCUCCCUUCCUGGCCUCUCGCCGGGAGCCUGCUCCCUGCCUGCCCGCGUCGAGGAGGAGGCCUGGGAUCUGGACGUCAAGCAAAUUUCCCUGGCCCCAGAAACACUUGACUCUUCUGGAGAUGUGUCCCCAGGACCAAGAAACAGCCCCAGCCUGCAACCCCCCCACCCUGGGAGCAGCACUCCCACCCUGGCCAGUGGAGGGAUCUUAGGGCUAUCCCGGCAGAGUCAUGUACGAGCCCUGAGUGACCCCACCACUCCUCUGUGAGCUGGGUCAAGGACCAGUGUGGUGCCCUGCUGCCACUGUCUCCAGCUCUCCCCAGCUUGGUGCCUUCUGCAGGAACCCAAGUGGCCACACUGGCUGGCCUUCAACUCCUGGCAGUAAAGAUGUGAUCCCUCUUCCAGUCCUUCCCCAUCCUGGGCUGUGGCGCACGCCCAGGACACCACUCCUGUGCUGGCCCUCCCCUGACAGCCUAUGAUCUUUUCUCACUUUCUGAGAAGACUCGCCUGUGCCAGGUCAAGGGGAGUUCUCGGUGACUCCGUUCUGGGAUGUCCCAGGAUGUGGAGCUAUGCAGACCAUUACAGGAGGGUGGGGAGGGGACCUGUAGACUCUAUGUAUGUAAUUACUGUUACUAUAAUGCUGUUAUUAUAUUAAAUGUACUUACUCAC